AUGAUACAUACAGCUGUACAAACACAUUUUCAAAAAUCAAAUGUUGCUUCAAAAUCUUCCGGUUCAAAUCGAACGAGAACAUUGUCAAGCUUGAAACGUGAAGUUCUCAAUCGGCCAAUAGCAAAGACUCACUCUCAUAUUCGACCGACGCAUGGGAAUGGAAGUUCGCUUAUACAGAAACGCAGAAAUAACACGAAAUUACCAUUGGUUGAAAGCAGCGAAACGGACGCUCUAUUGUCACAAGGAUACCCAAGGAAUGGAUCAUCGUCCACAUCUACAGAACCAAGACCGAGAUGGAAAGAUAUCUUUCGACCUGAGAAACACACAGUCGAAGGAUGGAUGGAAAGUUGGAUACAAAGAUGGACAGUACUUGCAGUAUUGCCGACAUUGGUUGUUUGGAUAUGGUGUUCGAUGCCAUUUCCAAAUCAAACAGAUCAUGACGAUGAUGGCUAUUCACUCGACAAGGAUUCAUCCCCGGCUCGAUUUGAUGCGCAGUUCUGGUUCUUUCUCUUUUGGUAUUAUGGAAUAUAUUGUGCAGUUGGUCUCAUCUACAUUACACAAUUGUUCUCGCUGUAUCGACUGAAUUGGUGGCCUAGAGCGUUAGGCGCUCGUAAAUCGUACGCCUUUUUCUGGAUUCUUUCGAUUACUGCUGGUUUUAUGAUGCAUAGAUUCAAGCUAGACACUUUGCCUUCUCUGGGUGGCACAUGGUGGCUUCCUGACGAUCAAGACGAUCCGGAAGGCCAUCGGAUACAAUGGCAACGUAAAACACCUUGGGUCGGACUGGCAUUUUCAACAAUGGCAAUGCCCGCUCUCAUUUGCUUUACAGGGCUGAGAAGGAGUGGAAGGCAGACAUACAGGCACAGCUUGACAGAAGCACAAAAGACGUUCUUGGAGCACGAACUACGACGUCGCAUCCCUGCAUCCUAUAUUCGGUUCUUGUGGUUCAUGGCAGUCAUCGGAAUUGCUUUGGUGGCACUUUUGGCAGGUCAAGGUUAUGCAAGUGUUUUCCUAUCCACACUUCCACAUACAGGGCUCGAUAUGACGGCCUACGUUACAUUUUGGACGAUCAACGUCAAUAUCCUGUUAUUGCUAUGUCUAUGGAUAUUGGAAGAAAAAGUCAGAAGUCGUGCACUCAUCUUUGUGAUGAAGUAUUACUACUUCUUGGUCUACUUCAUCUUUUAUCGAAACUUGUUUGCAAGAUUGAACAGUUUUGAUCAAUUCGCCUUGAUUCAAUUAUUGAGUUCGUUUUGGGUUUGCAUUUACUACCCAUUCAGUAUGACGACAUAUUGUCACAAAUUGAUCUCAUACUUUACGCCUGAUCCGAAAUCAUGGGAGGAAUACGUGGAAAGUGUAGGAACUUCAUUCUACCUUCGCAAUUUGGCACAAAAUACAAGUAUGCUUGCUUUCCUUGGCUGGCUUUCGAUUUUGCAUUUUGGACCGAAUCAAAACAUGUAUCCUUUCUUCGCUUUCGCUGAUAAACGUGAUCCGUACAAUUAUCAGCUUACAAUGUUGGGUUCUUUGGCUAUUUGGGCAAGUGAAUUGGCUUCUUCCUUUGUGGCUCGGCAGAUUUGUCUUUAUGCUCUGGACGUAGAUGUGACCAAUGUUGGUUUAGAUCAAAUGCGGAACUAUCCAGAGCUGGUCAGUGGAGUAGCCUGGACGAGCGUGCAUGUGUUGAUGGACAUGCUUCUGUUCCUGAUUGUGAGUAUUGAGGGACUCUAGAGCGAUACUUGUCAUGAUUACUGACUCUUACCCAUUUUUCUUAUUUUCUAUUCUAGAAAUUGGACUUUAAUCCCUGAAAGAACAAAGCUGGUUACAUUCUUUUCUUCUCUUUCUUUUUUU